AUGGGGUGCGGAAGUAGUUCGACUGUCGCUAUUGCUCCCGUUCAACCUGGACCUGAUAAUGAUAAGAAUAAUCAACAAACCAGAAUACCAAGCGCACAAAAUAAUAUCGUAAAGCGAAUAUCGAGUUCUUCAUCUCAGAAAAGCAUUAGUAAAAGUAUAACAAGCGUCACAUCUCAUAAAAGUACUACUAUUAUUAAACCAUCGACUCCACAGAAAAAACCUAAGACUCCUUCACUACACUCAGAGCAUGACGUUAAUCAACAUCUUAUCAUUAUUUGGGUGGAUGCAAAUAUUGAUCAAUCAAAAAAAACAUAUCAUGAUUCAGUGACUAAACUUCAACGCAUUACAUCUGCGAUUUAUACAUGUACUAAUUCUGAACAAUGUAUAAAUUAUAUUGAUGACAAAAAGGUAUUUCUAAUUGUAUCAGAUGAUUUGGGCAAAUAA